UGCUGACACGAUUGGUUCCACGAAAUGUUUAUGGAUCUAAUAUGCAUUAAUGUUUAAAGAUGUGAAAUAUACGCAUCUCUACUUUAAAAAUUCUAUCAUUUGAUAAACUGUUUUAUGUGGUGCAGACGUUUUUGUACUUUUCGGUGAGCUUUUAAGUGUACAUUACCAUUCAAUUGAGGCCCUCCUUCUGCGGGACUAUUCAUCACCGGCCCGGUGUAUGUAUAAUGACAGCUGUUUAUUUUGGAGCAACAUGCGGUGUCUGAUCAUUUGGAUGACUUUAGAGAAGCGAGAAUGAUGGAGAGCGCAUCUGAAGUCGUACAGCCUUUGCCCGCCCGUGCCUCACCACCGGCCCAAGUCACCCCAGGGCUACCACCGACAUCGAACACUCUCCUUUACAAGCUGGAGAGACCCACGGGCCCGUUGUAUUCCAGUCCGCGGACCCCACCCCCAACCGCAAGUAACAAACCCGAAAACAAUAUCUGCAAGAUGAUCGAAUACCGAGGGGCCAAAGUCGCCGCCUUCAACGUGGAUGGUCGGGAACUCAUUUGUCUCCCCCAAGCUUUCGAUUUGUUCCUAAAACACCUUGUCGGCGGGCUGCACACCGUUUAUACCAAACUGAAGAGACUGGAAAUCACGCCCGUCGUCUGCAAUGUCGAGCAGGUCCGUAUUCUUCGAGGACUGGGGGCUAUUCAACCAGGAGUCAACCGCUGUAAACUUAUCGCCCCUAAAGAGUUUGAUGUUUUGUAUGAAGACUGUACAAAUUCAAGUGCGCGGCCAGGUAGACCACCUAAACGCAGUUCCAUACUGUCUCCCAGUCCUACAGAUACCUUGCAAAAACUGAAAAAGAGUCGUUUAGAUUCAGGAGACUAUGGUAUAUACAGGGAACACCCUUUUGCUGACCCAGAGAAGAAGUCACCCCUGUUGUCCAAUGGCUACAAUCAUUAUCCACAUCAUCUGGCCAUGCUUCCGUUCAUGCACCUCCAGCAUCCGAUGGCGUACCCUGCUGUUUCCAUGGCGAUGGCCAAUCAUUUUCCUUUCAGACCAGCUGACAGUUUGACACCAAGGGAGGCCCUGACAUCACCCCUGUGCUCCCCAAAGACAAAGGAUGACCGUUAUGAAGCUCGCAGCCCACAGGGAGAGCCACAGAUUGACUCCCCAGGAAAACCUGACAGGCAUUAUGCUUACCAGGCAAAAGAAGAUUUGUGUAGGCCAACUGACCUCACAAUGAAUGGUCAUAGCCAGACACUGGACCUGUCCAAACAUGGCUCCAGCGGUAUGAACAGGGACAUCAGGAGUGAUGAUGAAGAUCUAGAGUAUUCUGAAGAGGAGAACAGUGAGGAAAACAGCAAUGACCCCAAAUCACCAUCUUCACAACUUGCUGAUCCAGCCAAUAAUUACACAGAUCAGACAAUGUCAUCUAAACUUCUGACCAAUGACAGUUCAGGUAUCUCGUCUAUCGAGAGUCUCCUCGUGAACAUCCAGGGUUUGCUGAAGGUGGCAGUAGAGAAUGCUAAACACAGGGAAAGGCAGAUCAAUUUGGAGAAAGGUAAUUAUGUGACAUCUGACCAGCAAGCAAGACAAAAAACAAAGAAACUCUUUGCGCGGCCAGGUAGACCACCUAAACGCAGUUCCAUACUGUCUCCCAGUCCAACAGAUACCUUGCAAAAACUGAAAAAGAGUCGUUUAGAUUCAGGAGACUAUGGUAUAUACAGGGAACACCCUUUUGCUGACCCAGAGAAGAAGUCACCCCUGUUGUCCAAUGGCUACAACCAUUAUCCACAUCAUCUGGCCAUGCUUCCGUUCAUGCACCUCCAGCAUCCGAUGGCGUACCCUGCUGUUUCCAUGGCGAUGGCCAAUCAUUUUCCUUUCAGACCAGCUGACAGUUUGACACCAAGGGAGGCCCUGACAUCACCCCUGUGCUCCCCAAAGACAAAGGAUGACCGUUAUGAAGCUCGCAGCCCACAGGGGGAGCCACAGAUGGACUCCCCAGGAAAACCUGACAGGCAUUAUGCUUACCAGGCAAAAGAAGAUUUGUGUAGGCCAACUGACCUCACAAUGAAUGGUCAUAGCCAGACAUUGGACCUGUCCAAACAUGGCUCCAGUGGCAUGAACAGGGAGAUCAGGAGUGAUGAUGAAGAUCUAGAAUAUUCUGAAGAGGAGAACAGUGAGGAAAACAGCAAUGACCCCAAAUCACCAUCUUCACAACUUGCUGAUCCAGCCAAUAAUUACACAGAUCAGACAGUGUCAUCUAAACUUCUGACCAAUGACAGUUCAGGUAUCUCGUCUAUCGAGAGUCUCCUUGUGAACAUCCAGGGUUUGCUGAAGGUGGCAGUAGAGAAUGCUAAACACAGGGAAAGGCAGAUCAAUUUGGAGAAAGCCGACCUAAAGAUGGAGGUAAUGCGAGAGCGGGAAUUACGUGAAACUUUGGAAAAACAACUACAUGAUGAACAGAGAAGUAGAGUGAUGCUACAGAAGAAGCUGAAAAGAGAGAAGAAAGUCCGGCGACGCCUCCAGGAUCAGGUGGAAGGAGAGUCUAAACAACCUAACCUGUCGCUGGACAGACCUUCACCCAAAACUUCACCACAGCAUGAACAACAGGACAAAUUACAGACCUACACAGAACCUCCUGUGGCAGAGCAGGAAAGUGAAACAGAAAGAACCAGUAACAACAGUACCCCAGAUCACGAUGACAGGACACAACAAAUACAAGAUGCCCAGUCCAGACUGCAAGCAUUGAGAGAGAGUUACCUGCCCCACUCCAGCAGCCUAGCCAUGUCAAGCUAUGCCAGCAUGGCUAUAGGAAUGGCAGCACCUACAACUCCUGUGUAAUAAUGGCAUUUAUGAAGGUUCCCACAAAAUUUUAUCUUACUAAGCAGUGAACAAAAUGGCAUUUUUAAGAGACCUGUGUAUUAAUUAGUGCUGCCCCCUGGUGGACCUGUGUUUUGAUGAGUUGGCUGGAAUGACAGUUCAAACAUUACCACAGAUGGCAAUUAUUAAAACCCUGCGACGGGUUGUGCCAUGGGGUUUGCUUAAGACAACUUAGAUGGCACCCCCAACAAAACGUCUGAGGGAAAAAUUCAUUAUAGAAAUUGUGGUUUUCCUUUUUGCAUCUUUACCCACCAGUAAGGAUGCCCCUUUAAUAUCCAGAUAGAUACAGAUGUUGUAGGUGUUAGUAAACACAGACAUCGCCUUUACCUAAGUGUAACAUGUUACAACACAUUUUCAGCUUGAUAGUUCUUUCAGUAACUACAUUGUGCUAGAGACGAAUGCGUGGUUGUGCCAUUGUGCUUUGUUAAGGUAGACAAGUCAAGAAUAUGGACUUUACUUUGAAAUCUUUUGCUUUAUUACAAGGUAAUCAAUUUGUUGUGACAAAGUUAACUGGAAACUUGAAUAAGGUUUUUGAAAAUGUGUAUAAUUAUUUUAAAAUUUCCUUAGAAAAAAUGUCAACCAAUUACAUUAUUCAUCAUUGUGUAAUUGUGUAAAAACUUACUAGGUUGUCUGAAACAUUGAGUCAAGUACAUACAUGUGUAAUUACAUGUCAUUUUUCAAGAUUCUUUUGUACUCUGCUAGUCUCAUUGAUCAAUAUGAUAAACAAAUGUGUAGAUAUGUGAAUACCUGUGCCAACCAUGAUAUAUUUAAAAACAAUAGAGACCAACGAGUUUGAUGGUAACUAGUGUACAGAAGAAGCAAUUUACAUUUUUAUGGUAGAACAGUGUUGUCACCUUGUUAGCUUGAACUCAGUCAAGUUUUUUUCAUGUACAAAUAUUUGCAGAUUUGGAGAUGACAACAGAAAACAAGCUGUAGGGAGGCCAUUUUAUAUUUAGUGGGAUUACCUGUAUCUUAUGGGUAUUUUUUAAAAUGAGGUGAUAAAUUUGCAUUUGAUAUAUUUGUGUAAUAAAGAAACUUUAAUAUUGUUUUGUAUUACACUUAAGUGUAUUGCUAGUAGUCCCCCCCCC